AUGUCUCCAUCUAGCAUGUAUUUGGCAUUUGUGGAAAACGUUUGUAAAUAUUUUAGAAAAAGCAAAGAUAGACUUAGUGACCUUUAUUAUUCGACGGUUAAAGCUUAUAGAAAAGAAGAUUUUGAUUAUAUUAUGGCAAAUGUCGCUAAGGUUGAUCACAGAGUUAAGAAAUAUCUGGAAGAAGCUAGUUAUGAAAAAUGGCCUCGAUGUCACUCGCCUGUUAAUAGAGGUAGAAUGAUGACCUCUAAUAUAACUGAAUGUAUUAACGGUUGCUUGGUAGAGGCUACAGAACUUCCUAUUCUAGGUUUCCUUGAAGAAGUUAGAAUUUUAUUUGCCGCAAGAAAUUGUAAGAACAGUGAAAUUGCUUCUUAUACCAACACAACACUCAGGAGAAGAUUUGAAGAUAUACUGACUCUUAAUGGCGCUAAGGCUUUGCGGAUGACGCUUAAGGCGGCUGGUAGUUAA